AGAAAAGAAAAUCCAAAAUGGCGGAAAGGGACGAUAGGAAUGAUCAAACUACAGCGUCGACAAUUUCUCGGACCUGAGUGGAUUUACCAAAAGGUUCGUGCCCAAUGGGAGCAGGGGUUGGAAUGAAGGUUCGAGUCCUGAAGGAGAGGAAUCCCCGCCCGACGAAGGUCAUGAUCCCUCCAGGGAAGAAUGGAAGAAGAGUGUGUGGGGUAGGGUCAAGCGAAAGCUUCGUCCUACACCAUCACUUCCUGGAGCUUGACCUACCUACCGACCUACCUACAUGCAUGCAUACAGAUGAGUAUGUACAUCCACAGCUCCAGCGAUAGAGUUAUCGACCUCCGAUAGGGAGGUAAGCAAGCAGGUCGUCGCAGAAGGGUGGUAAAUUGUGAUAGUUGUGUAACCCUCAAGGAAAAA